UCAUGUCCGUUGUCAGGUGGUGCUGCUAUGGAAAGAUGUGAUAUGUGGUUCGAAAGGCGGAGAAUUUUCCUGAUCGUUCAUUUCACUAACAAUUAGAAAAAGGGAAGCCUAAGUUCAGAUCGACCCCGUAAGGGUUGCUGGCUUUCUAGGGGGGGGGAUACCUUUUUAUUGUACAUAACCGCGGAAACCAUGUCUGGCUUGUAGAGAGCUCCUUUCACCCGGCUGCGUUUGGCGGAAGUGUUGCUUUAGGAUGCUAAAGCGGAGAGCACCAGACAGAGGCGCUGGAGAAACAUCAGCCAGGGCCAGUAAAAUUCUUUGUACUGGUAUUGCUGGGAACAAUGCCAAGAGAGCUGGGCCUUUUAUACUAGGGCCUCGCUUAGGCAACUCUCCUGUGCCAAGUAUAGUUCAGUGUUUGGCAAGAAAAGAUGGCACUGAUGAUUUUUAUCAGCUAAAGAUUCUUACUUUGGAAGAACGGGGUGAGAAAGGAGUAGAAACACAAGAAGAACGCCAGGGAAAAAUGUUGUUGCAUACAGAGUACUCCCUGCUGUCUUUGCUUCACAACCAGGAUGGUGUUGUCCAUCAUCAUGGAUUGUUCCAGGAUCGUGCUUAUGAAAUUGUUGACGAUCAUGAAGCCAACAAAUUGGUUCGAAAAAUGAAGAAGCGGAUCUGUUUAGUAUUAGACUGCCUUUGUGCCCAUGAUUUCAGUGACAAAACGGCUGACCUCAUUAAUCUACAGCAUUAUGUUAUUAAAGAGAAGCGACUAAGCGAAAGAGAAACUAUCAUAAUAUUCUAUGAUGUGGUACGAGUUGUAGAAGCAUUACAUAAGAAAAAUAUUGUUCAUAGGGACUUGAAGUUAGGGAACAUGGUGCUAAAUAAAAGGACGCACAGGAUAACCAUCACCAACUUCUGCUUAGGAAAGCACUUAGUUAGUGAAGAUGAUCUACUUAAAGAUCAGCGCGGGAGCCCUGCAUACAUUAGUCCUGAUGUACUCAGUGGUCGACCAUACAGAGGAAAACCAAGUGACAUGUGGGCUCUAGGGGUAGUACUGUUCACCAUGUUAUAUGGACAGUUCCCAUUUUACGAUAGUAUACCUCAGGAAUUAUUCAGGAAAAUUAAAGCUGCAGAGUAUACUAUUCCAGAAGAUGGUCGUGUUUCUGAAAACACAGUUUGUCUGAUUCGAAAACUCCUUGUCCUUGAUCCUCAGCACCGACUCACUGCAGCAGGAGUUUUAGAUUCACUCAGUAACAUUAUUGCUUCAUGGCAGUCCAUGUCUUCACUCAGUGGUCCUUUGCAAGUUGUACCAGAUAUAGAUGACCAGAUAAGCCAUUCUGAUCAUCCGCAGGAGGCUAAGGUGACAGAAGAGUCUUCACAGUAUGAGUUUGAAAAUUACAUGAGACAACAGCUCCUCCUGGCUGAGGAAAAAAACACUAUUCAUGAAGCCAAAAACUUUAUUCAUAAAAGGCAGUUUGGCAACAUUCCACCUGUCCGGCGACUAGGACACGAUGCUCAGCCUGUGAGCCCUUUGGACGCUGCCAUUCUUGCCCAAAGAUACUUGCGAAAGUAAGCCAACAGGUCUCAAAAGGCAGCACAAAAAUGUAACGUUCAAACAUCCAUCAUAACUUAAUGAACUUACAGAGCAAUACAGUGUUCUGCAAUAGAGAGUAAUGUAGCAGCUAACCCUCCAGAAGGGGAAAACCGUGAUUUGAUCAUCAUUUUUCAUUAAAAGAAAAGAGAAUUUUUUUUUUUUGUGGUGACAAAAAACAAAUUAUUUUAGAUUAACUCUUCAAUUGUGACAUUAAAUCUACCUCUCUUCACCAUAACCAACGACACAGUCCCUCAUUAAAGGAAUGAUGAAAUCAUACCAGACGACGUCAUGUUUGGCAGAAGCAUUAUUGUUGGUGCAUAUUGCAGUAUGGAGAAGAGUUCAUGUUUUCUCCGUAUGGUCUUGAUAAGCUUACUUUUUUUUAAUCAACGUAGCAGUUUUUCUUCAUUUUGGCAAAUGUUAAAGACGUGUUUUCCAAAAAAAAAAAAAACCUCCUAUUCAAGCUGUUGAUUGUGGGAACUUUGAAAUAUCUUGAUUUGACCCCCAUUGAAAAGAUAUGCCAUACAUUUGUUGUUUUGUGAUGGUUUUAUAUUGAUUUGCUAAAUUACCAAAUUACAUAUCUUGUUUAGAAAAUUACUUUUUGAGAUGUUUUUGCCAAGAUAUUUAAGUUUAAUACCUUUGAGUUUAAGUGGGCAUAUAAUAUUUCUGCUUAAUAUGAAUUUCCUUUUUUAAGUUUAUGUAUAGUUUUGGUGCAAAUCUAAUAUAUUCAAUGUGGAAAUUAAAGGUUUCCUGUAAAGACUUAAUCCUAAACUAGCCUUUAGAUUUUUUUUUCUUCCAUUUUUUUUCCUCCCCUGUUUUAAAAUUUACAAAACUCAUAUCCCUAUAAGGUGGACUUCAAAAGGAGCCGUUCUGUUCAGCUCCUCAAGGGGAGGAACUGGCAAAGUUCACACGAAUGUCCCAGGGUGGUGCCAGUCUGUGCUUCUGUGGUGUUUGACGCCAGGCACUUACUAAAUGGGGAAAACCGCCCACUUUGCAUUCAGCAUGGCAUGGUUGGAAACUUUUAUUCUUUAGUCAAGUAUAGCUUUAAAUUCAGUUGUAUUGGGGAGUCUCUCUCAUUUCUAUUUCUCCAAGGGACACAUUUAAAAGAAAAAACAAACAUUGUACUGAAAGGGUCAGCUGUUAACACUAUUUUUAAAGUGAAUGCCUUUCUUGCCACAGUCCAGUAUGUGAAAAAGCUAAGCAUGUACCUAUUUAAUUUCAUCCUUCCCUUGAUCGUUUGUUAAUUUUUGUUUUGCUAGUAAGAAAUACAUUUUAUUAACAGGUCUUUAAGCGUUUUUUUGGCUGCACGUAUUCUGCAGACACUCUUAUGAAAACUCAUACCUCAACCCUUUUAGUAACAAAAGGCAUUUUCAUACAGUCUUUCUGUGUUUUAAAAUUUUUAUAAAUUUAUUAAUUGUUUUCUAAACUUUGGUUUUCAAGGAUGAAUAGCACAUCACCAUUUGCCAUGUAACUGGCUUGAUGUCGAUCCUAGUUGACUGACUUGUAUGCUAGCUAUAUAAAUAUGUCAUUUCCAUGCGCCUUGUCAGAAAAUAUUGCCACAUUUUGACAAGACUUACGUGAAGUGAUGUUUAACACGGUCGCCAAGCUUAUCCUUAACUGAAUUACCUGAAGAUGUUCCCCUGGGGCUGUCCUGAUAAGACGGACACUUGAAUAAGUGCCGAAGGUCUUACUUGCGGUGGACAUUUUGGGUGCCCUCAUGUUAACAAAGCCAAAUACGUGUGCCGUGGUGUCACAUAUCACUUCAUGGAAGCGGGUCAUAUUGUGGCGGCGGCUUUUUGGGUUCUCUUGCAUAUAGUAAUUCAUUGUAUUGCGUAUAUUUGCUUUGAAGUUUGUUAUUUAGCCUGUAUGACAUUUGUUUGUUGUCACAAAUGUUUUAAAAAGGUGUGUAAAAGCAAUCUCUUAGAGCCAUAACUGAAGACGUAACUGAAACCUGUUAAAUGACUAUUGAUCAAGAAAAGUAAUUCUGUGAACUAUAAAUGCGGUUACCUACCUUCUGCUUACUUGUUUUUAAAUUUAAUUUUAUUGUCUGUGAACUUUUUUUUAAGUGUUUUUAGUUCUGUUUUCAAGUCCUGUGUGGUUAUUGUCUUUAUAGAAUGACCAAGUCUCGUACGUUGACCCUCGCACCAAUGUAAAACUUCAAACUGCACGUAUUUAGUGUUGUGCAGCCAUAAACUUAAUUUUGAACAAACUCUUCAUACAAUUGAUAGCUUGUGAAAAAUAAAGUAAAAAAUUGCAGAUAUAUUAGCAUUAUCAUCGCAUUAUGAGUAUGAAGUAGCUUUAUUUUCAAAUGUUAAAUCAUUAAAGUGCACAAACGCCACCCAAAAAUGAUGCGGUGCAGGAUUGGGUUAGGGUUAUGCUGACACCCUCUGUAACUUAGACGCCAUCUAGCAGUGAAGAAUUUUUCAACUCCAUUGUGACUGAAAAGAAAGUCCAGAUGUCUCUGUAAGCUUUGUUUCCCUUUUCUUUCUUUCUUUUGUAUGUUUCUUUUUAUUUUAAAGAACGAAAGAAUGUUAGAGAAGCACAGUCAUUGGUGUAUUAAAGUACAGAAGCUUCAUAACAUGUGGAUGCUGUGGUCCUGGUUUUACUUCCUAGUCUUCAUGACCUACAGUAUGUAACACUGUGUAUUUGUAUUUUUAAUAUGUGUGUGUCUUCUGAGAGGGAAAAUCCUGUGUUGUGGUUCAAACCUACGGGUGAAGGUAGGAUGUCAUUUUAGUACUUUCAAAAGCAUGAAAAUGGACUGAAUAAAUGUCUGAAUAUGCCAGGGUCGUAGCAUGUGAAUGACUCCCGGAAUGCACUACGUGGUGUAACCAAAAAGGUGAUGAAUCAUAUUGUCAAUAUUUAAAAGUUCUUUUUAUUGAUCUUAUUAAGAAAACAGAUAUAUGCUAUUCCUAAGGCUAUCAUUUAUUUUGACUGGAAUUGCAAUACUGGUGCCGGACAAAGAGGGGGAGAAAAAACAAAAAAAAGUAUUGUUUAUUAGAGCUGCUUGGGUGUGUUUUUUGAGAGAUGUACUGUUAGAAAGAAACAUUAUGAAAAGACAAACACAAAUAAUUUGUAUGAAAGACAUAUUUUUGUACUACAUCAAUCCUUUCCAUGCAUGUCAGCAAUAAAGAAUUUAAUAUAGUGUAAA